AUGAGCGACGAUGGUCCUUUUGGACCUGUUGUCAACGGCACCCGGAUCGUCUUCUACGAGUAUCGACCAAACAAAGCCGCAGGCUUCUCUUUUAUUGUUCUGUUCGGGCUUGCUACUCUAGGAUACCUGGCGUACUUCUUCCCGCUUCGGGCGUGGUUCUUUAUCCCGUUCAUCCUGGACGCCAUUGGGGAGGCAUUCGGCUACUAUGGUCGUGCCUGGGCAUCUGACAAUCCAGAUUCCGCUAGUCCCUUCAUCAUGCAGAACCUCCUUAUCCUCUCUUCGCCGCCAUUCCUCGCCGCGACCAUCUACAUGACUCUCGGACGCAUCAUCACUGCCCUCGAGGCACAACGACAUGCCCUGAUUAGCACGCGUUGGUUGACGAAGAUCUACGUCCUUAUCGACAUCGGCUGCAUCGUGACCUAA